AUGUCGUCAACCGUGCGAGUUCCCGAUUUGAAUGACUCGGUUUCUCCCCGUCGCGUCUUUAUAGUCGGAGGCGGAAUAGUCGGCGCCUCCCUCGCCUACUUUCUCUCGAAUGAAAAAAACACAGACCUUGAAAUUGUCCUCAUCGACAAAUCCCUCGAUGAACUCCUAGGAUCUACGGGCCACGCUCCAGGCUUUGUGGGCCAGCUCAAUGAGUCGCCCGUACUGACCAGCCUUGCCAAAGAAACCGUUUCUGCGUACAUGAAAGUCCCUGGUGGGUUCAAUGUCGUAGGAGGGUUGGAACUGUCGUCAACACCCGAUGGCGUCGAGACACUGCAUCGCCGAUGCGACCUAGCGCGAUCAUCUGGUCUCUCCGCCGAGAUCAUUACACCAGACAGAGCCGCCUCCUUGGCUCCCGACUUUAUUGACGCCAAACGUGUUCAGGCGGGCCUAAUUUUCCCCUCGGAUGGAACAGCUAAUGCCCAAACCAUUACCCGUUACUACAUCAGUGAGGCUCGGGCGAGGGGCGUCAAAUUCCUGGAAACCACAGUCACGGGCCUUGUAUCCACGGGCGAUCAACUGACUGCCCUGCGUUCUUCGCACGGGGAUAUCCAACUGAAUGGCAGCCUGACCAUUCUCGCCACUGGUAUUUGGACUGCAUCAUUGAUGAGCGACGUAUUCCAAAAUCCGGUCCCUAUUAUCCCAGUCGCACACCCAUACACCUUCACUCUCCCUCGCCCUCCCCGGUGCGGUCCGGCAUAUCCAUUCGUGCGCUGGUUAGAUCAUCACGUCUAUGCCAGAGAUCACGGCGAUCGCGACGGGCUAGGCAGUUACAACCACCCACCCCUCCAGGCGAACCCAACCAGGGCAGCGAUCGGCGCAUGGCCUUCCGACUUUGAACAGGUUCUGUCCGAAGCCGCAUCCUAUUUGGAAAAUGGUCAGGAGUUCCUGCUUAGUGGGCCCAGCGCCAAUCUAGAGGAGAAACGUCCCUUCAAUGGUAUCUUCUCAGUGACUCCCGAUAAUCUCCCGCUUGCGGGUGAGGUGCCUGGUAUAUCUAAUUUGUGGUUGUGCGCUGCAAUCUGGGUUACCACUGCUGCUGGUACUGCUCAACUAAUAUCGAGGGAAAUCUGUCGGGGGACGAAGCAGGUCGACCCUCAAGAUGAGGUCCUGCUGAAGGCUUUGAGUCCGAGUCGUUUUCAGGGGCUCGACCCAAGUCUGCUUGAAACCCAGGCACUAAGGAAGUAUAAUGAUAUAUAUAAUCGAGAUUCGGACUGA